GCACAUGCAUUUCCGUUCAUUUAAUCAUCCCGUGCGUCAUAUGAAAUAUUUUCAGUUAAAUUUUAUAAAAAAAAGUGAGAAAGCUGUAUAAAAGCAUAACUUAAGCGCAGAGUUUGAAGUGAAAUGUUAUUCUUGAAGUGAAAUGUGUUGUUUUGAAAGUUUGCCGGCGCAAAUUGGAACUAACAAAAAAUAAUUCCAAUUAGAACUUAUGCAUAUACAACAGACAUCCAUUCCUGCAAAAAUUGCGCAAAAACCAAACAACGCACAGAGUUUAGUUUUUAAUGCUUGUAUUUCACUCGAGAUUUCUACUACCACGUAGCGUGAAAUCCACAAAAACCAACUCCGCUGAGCAAACCACUGAAUAUUGGAUGACAAAAGCUCAGAGCAUACUAGCCGAUAAACUCGAGGAGAGUUCACGCCUCAAUACGAAUCGCGCUAAAAAUAUUAUACUCUUUCUCGGCGAUGGCAUGUCAGUGCAUACAAUUACCUCGACACGUGCUAUGCUCGGUGAUGUUUCGGAGAAAAUUUUCUUCCAAGAAUUUCCCUACACUGGACUUUCGAAGACUUAUGCCAUCGAUAAAGGCGUGCCGGACUCCGCAAGCACAGCAACAGCUUAUUUGUCGGGUGUUAAGGGUAACUACGGCACAAUUGGUGUUACUGCUGAAGUGCCGAAAUAUGAUUGCGAACUGUCUGCCGAUGAGAGCAAACAUACGGAGAGCAUAGCGAAAUGGGCACAAGACGCGGGCAAAUGGGCGGGUCUAGUAACGACUGCAACGGUAACGCAUGCUUCACCCGCUGGGGUUUAUGCUCAUACCUCGCAACGUGCGUGGGAAAAUGAUGCAGAGAUCAUAAAUGAUGGAUGUAGUGCUGAUGUAAAUGUGGAUAUUGCACGCCAGCUUGUCGAAUGGCCGGUGGGUAAGGGCUUACGAGUAAUUAUGGGCGGUGGUCGUCGGAAUUUCAUUGAUGCAAGUGACGUUGAUGAAGAGGGUAUUGAGGGUAAGCGUACAGAUGGACGCAAUUUGACCGCCGAAUGGUUAGCCGAUAAGCUCAAACAAGGCGCAGGUGCAGAAUAUGUGUGGAACAAGGAAGGUCUCUGGAAUGUCGAUCUGAAUGAGACUGAAUAUUUGCUGGGACUCUUUAGCUCAAAACAUUGUCCCUACCAUGGUGAGUUGGAGCGUGAAGGUUUGAGCGAUAGCGUGCCCUCGUUAAGUGAAAUGACCGAAGCCGCUAUAGAACUGCUGAGUAAGAGUGAGCAGGGUUAUUUCCUGUUUGUUGAGGGUGCUAAAAUCGACAUGGGCCAUCAUUCGAAUCGUGCGCAUCUCGCACUCGAAGAAACGGCGGAGUUUGCGCGUGCCGUGGAAUUGGCGCGCGAGCUAACAAAUGAGGAGGAUACGUUGAUUGUUGUCACAGCAGAUCAUUCGCACACCAUGACAAUGAAUGGUUAUCCGUCACGUGACGCUGAUGUCUUCGGAUUGGCUCCGGUACUCGCCGACGAUGGUUUACCUUACACCAUACUCUCCUACGCCAAUGGUCCGGGCUACUCGAAGACAUUCUCCAAAAAAACGGGCCGUCGUGAUCUGAGUGAUGCUGACUUCACUGAUCCUAAAUAUAAAUAUAUGGCCACCGUUCCCCUGAAGUCCGAGACUCAUGGUGGUGAUGAUGUAGGCGUCUUUGCUUCGGGUCCAUAUGCUCACUACUUCACUGGCAAUUAUGAACAGACAAAUAUACCCGCCCUCAUGGCUUUUGCUGCUAAUAUUGGUCCUUUUGCGAAUUUGGCUGUUGCUCUGCAGGAAGAAGAUUGUAAAAGUGAGGAUGAAAAUUUUUUGUGAUUGUGUUCAGUUUUCCGUUGAAAUGUUAAAUUUAGACUUCCAAUACUUGCAA